GGGCGGGGACGAGGCGGCCUCGGCGGAAGGGAACUCCAUGAGGUCCGAGACACAGAGUGCAGAGGUGAAGUUCGAUAUAGAGGUUGACUUUGAGGACGACACUGGGAACGAUGGAGGAGGGGAGGGUUCGAGUCACGACGAGGGAAGCCGGGGAACGAGAUCAUCGGGGAACCUCACCGCAAAGGACCGUGGGAGAAGCGACAUCGACGACGUCGAAGAGAUCGAAGACGAAGAACCAAAAGGAAAGAAGAAAGACAAAAAGGAAAAGAAGAAAAAGGAAAAGGAAAAAGCUAAGAAGAAGAAGGAGAAGGAGAAAGAUAAGAAGAAAAAGGAGAAAGAAAAGGAUAAGAAGAAAAAGGAGAAAGAGAAAGAGAAAAAGAAGGACAAGAAAAAAGACAAGAAGAAGCCAGUUGAGGAGGAGAUUAUCCUGAGUGACUCCAGUGAUGACGAUGGAGGUGACAAGGACGAGGAUGACGAUGACGAGGACAGUGACGAUGUGGAAACAAUUGAAGAGACCGAUGGAGAUGAAAUCCCGGAAGAGACAAUACUGGAGAACAUCCAGAGGCAAAAGGAGAUCAUCGCUUCUAUCCGUAAACAGCCGUGGAGGAUGAAGAAGAAGCUCAAAACAUUGAGAGUUGCACAGGAGUAUCUGAACAAGUACGAGGGGCGACUGUCCAAAGGCAAGGGUUACAAAGAGACCUUUACACGGGCAUUCAAGAAAAUUAAGCGGGAGUUGUCAAACUUUAUUUCUAUCCUUAUUCCAUGGGAAACAAGAAUAAAGACAAUAGAAAGCUACUUUGGGUCAGUGGUGGCGUCGUAUUUCCUGUUUCUGCGCUGGCUGUUCUGGAUUAACAUCGUCCUGUCCAUCUUCACUAUGGCCUUUGUCAUCAUUCCAGAGCUUGUUGCAGGUUUCCCAUACGGCUCCAUUCCAAGGAAGACUGUUCCAAAUGACGAACUUCACAGAGCAGCGCAUAUCGGAACCAUCUGGGACUUUGGGGGUUAUCUACAAUAUUCAGUCCUGUUCUACGGGUACUACGGUAACGCUAAGUCCAUCGGCAGCGGGUAUCAGCUGCCUCUAGCGUACUUCCUGGUGGGGAUAAGCACGUUUGUAUACAGUUUUGCCGUCAUUUUAAGACAAAUGGCUAAGAACUCCCGCAUGAGCAAGAUGUCCACGUCUGACGACCAGUUCCAGUUCUGCUGGAAGGUUUUCUGCGGGUGGGACUACCUGAUUGGCAACUCCGAGACGGCCGACAAUAAAGUGGCUGCCAUCACCACUGGGCUGAGAGAAGCAAUAUUGGAGGAAGAGGAGAAAAACAAAGACGAACAGAGGUAUAUCACGAUCUCUCUACGCGUCCUGGCUAAUGUUCUGGUUACCAUUUUACUGGCCGGAUCUGGGUAUGCCAUCCAGCUCGUGGUGGAACGGUCCGAGCAGUUUGAGAAAAUGGACCCUUCCAAACUGUCAUGGUGGGAACAAAAUGAGGUUUCUAUGGUGGUGUCAAUCAUCACCAUGGUAUUUCCCGUGUUCUUCGACCUGAUUGGUGGGAUGGAAAAAUAUCAUCCACGUGUCAUGUUGCGGUGGUCACUAGCAAGGGUAAUGGUACUGAAUCUCGGCAAUCUCUACACACUGAUGAUUGCACUCUUCAAGAAGGUCAACAACCUUGCCGACGAAGCCCGCAAAGCCCGUGAAGCAUUGCAAGCCCUAGAGGCAGCUGCUUACAACAACACCCUGGUGGCUCAAAAUGCAACUGCAGCGUCACUCAUCAGGGAGGCCGUGGCUGAAAUAGGCAUGAACAACACUGCCAUGGCGGACAUUCUGGCACAGAAGGCGGGGAUAAAGGAACAGUGCUGGGAGACAAUAGUUGGACAGGAAAUGUUCAAACUGUCGGUGUUUGACAUGAUCGCCACCGUCGUCACGACAUUCAUUCUGGAGUUUCUCCGCGGUCUGUUCGUGCGGUUCGCUAACUACUGCUGGUGCUGGGACCUGGAGACAGGAUUUCCUGGCUAUGCAGAGUUUGGAGUCGCCGACAAUGUCCUGCAUCUAAUCUACAACCAAGGAAUGAUAUGGAUGGGAGCGUUCUUCGCCCCCAGCUUACCGGCGCUGAACGUGCUAAAGCUGAUCGGGCUGAUGUACCUGCGCAGCUGGGCCGUCAUGAUGUGCAACAUUCCUCACGAGCGGGUCUUCCGCGCUUCUAGGUCUAACAACUUCUAUCUCGUCCUGCUGCUCAUCAUGUUGUUUUUGAGCAUGUUGCCGACAGGGUAUGUGAUGGUUUCUAUAGAACCGUCCAGGAACUGUGGUCCGUUCAGUGGAAAAGAACGGAUGUUUGACAUCAUUUCCGACACUGUGAACGAGAAGUUCCCGCCCUGGAUGAGGUCUGUCAUGGCGUACCUCAGCACAGCAGGCGUCAUGAUACCUUUAUUCAUGUUGCUGAUAAUGGCAAUCUACUAUCUACAGUCUCUCCUAAAAUCUUACAAAGAAGCGAACAACGACUUGAGGAUACAGCUACAAUAUGAAAGAACCGAAGGAAAGAAAAAAGUUUACGAAAUGUCAGCGGCAAAGAAUGGAGGAGGAGGAGGCACUACUGAAACAACAGAGAACGCUGCGGGUGCCACGGGCGGGGUGGGGCGAGGCAGGGGCAACCCGGGGGCCAUCCCCAACGGCAGGUUACCCACAGGCUGCGGUGGCAUGCCCCGCUUUCCCAUGAACCACGCCGGCCCGAGGGGGAUGAUGGGAGCUAUGGGCGGUAUGCCGGGAUUCGGGGGAAUGGGUAUGCCGUUCCAGAGGAUGGGAAUGUACUCCCCCAACGUGAGGUACGGGGGGUACGGCGGGUACGUUCCCGUGAGGCAGUACAUGAACCCCUAUGACGGAGUGAUCCUGACGCCGCCCAUGGCGCCCCCUAGGUUCAGGAGGGUGCAGUACACCCCGCAGCCGGGAACCAAACUCAUGGCGGUGCCGACAGCAAAAACUGUGGGAAGUUACUCGCAAUCAAGACGUUCAUCGAUAGGCCGGCAGUCGUCGCGCGGUCCCACCACGGUUCUGGUUCCCGAGGGGUACCAGCUGGUGCAGGUGCACGUGGACGGCGGGGACGACGGCGAGUCCGUCCAGGAGACGUCCUUCAUGGACGGGCAGUACAUGGACGACGAGCUGGGCGCGCAUGGGGGGAUGGACGCGUGA